GUCCUACUCCCCAGUCGGGGAGCCAGCAGGCUUGAAGCUGGGGUCCGGUGUCCCGAGUCACGCGGUGACUCUGUACGUUGGUGGCAGGACGGUCCCCGAUCUCUGGGGCCCCCGACGGGGUGUGGCGACCCUCCUCACAUACCGUCCUCCCCGCAUACUCGCGUGUGUUCUUUUCCAGGAUUCUUCUGGAAAAUCUGUUUGCCACCAGAAGUGCCCCAGGUUGUGCAACGGGCCCGGGAGAGGGCUCUUUUGCAAACAGGUGGUGCAAUUUCAGACAACACUUGCAGGGACAGCUCUCUCUCCCGAGGGACCGAGGCAGGACCCGGGCAUUCGGCGGCAGCGGGAGGUGGCCGGCCAGGCUGCUGAGGGGGGUGGGGGCUGCAGCCCCACGGGGCGGUGGCAGGUGAGCGCGUUGUCCUUCUGACCGGGCCUCCCUCUGUCCCCUCUCUGCAGCUGCCACCCGGUUCCGGCCAGGCCAGCAUGGUGGACCACAUGCUCCCAGUGGACGAGAGGUUCUCGUCGCCGAAGUGCCCCGUGGGUUACCUGGGCGACAGGCUGGCCGGCCGGCGGGACUACCCCGCUGCGCCGCCCUCGCCCCUCUCGGAAGACGACAGCGACUCCUCCAGCCCCUGCUCCUGUGCCAGCCCCGACUCCCAAGCCCUGUGCUCCUGCUACGCGGGGAGCCAGGAUGGCAUCUUGGACUUCCUGCUGUCCCAGGCCACCCUAGCGGGGGGUGGCAGCGGUGGUGGCUUUGCGGCCAGCGCCAGCCCCACGGCCUGGGGACCCUGGCGAAGAGCAACCCCACCAGUGAAGGGGGAGCAUUUCUGCUUCCCCGAGUGUCCCCUGGGAGGUGACCCCAGCAACGCCCAGAGACUCUUCCAGCCCACCCUGGAGGAGAUCGAGGAGUUUCUGGAGGAGAACAUGGAGCCGGAGGUCAAGGAGGCGCUCGAGGGCCCCGGCAGGGGACCCGGAGGCGCGGCCCGCCUCUCCGCGGGGCCACACCGCAGCCACUUCUGCCCCGGGCCCGCCGGUGGCAAAGAGUGCCGCGUCUCUCCGCCAGGCGGCCCGGGCUCUGGUGACACCCAGGGCCCCAGCGGGAGCCCCGCGCCCGAGGGCCCCGUCCCCGUGCUGCUGCAGAUCCAGCCCCUGCCGCUGAAGCAGGAAUCGGGCUCCGCGCCCGCCUCCCCCGGGCAGCCCGCCGGCGAGAACGUCAAGGUCGCCCAGCUCCUGGUCAGCAUCCAGGGCCAGACGUUCGCCCUGGUGCCCCAGGUGGUCCCCUCGUGCGGCCCGCACCUGCCCUCCAAGUUCGUGCGCAUCGCCCCGGUGCCGAUCGCCGCCAAGCCCGUGGGCUCGGGUCCCCUGGGGCCCGGCCCCGCCGGCCUCCUCGCGGGCCAGAAGUUCCCCAAGAACCCGGCGGCGGAACUGAUCAAAAUGCACAAAUGCACCUUCCCCGGCUGCAGCAAGAUGUACACCAAGAGCAGCCACCUCAAGGCCCACCUGCGUCGCCACACGGGUGAGAAGCCCUUCGCCUGCACCUGGCCGGGCUGCGGCUGGAGGUUCUCGCGCUCCGACGAGCUGUCGCGACACCGGCGCUCGCACUCGGGCGUGAAGCCGUACCAGUGCCCGGUGUGCGAGAAGAAGUUCGCGCGCAGCGACCACCUCUCCAAGCACAUCAAGGUGCACCGCUUCCCGCGGGGCAGCCGCUCGGUGCGCGCCGUCAACUGAGCACCCGCCGCCCCGCCCCGGGCCCGCACCCCCAUUUCUGGUUGGGGUUUUUUUUUUUUUUUUUUUGAGAGGGCGGGAAUAACUUAUUGGCCACCUCCAGAGGACCGUGGCAAGGUUACCAGCCCACCUUCUGCACCCAGAGCCCGUCACCCGAUGCCUUUUUUGGGGGGGGGGGGACUUAAGCCGCGCUGCGUCCUUGGAGGCUGGGGCGCACGCGGCUGGGGC